CGUUGUCGGUGAAAGUAAAUAGUGUCCUCGAAGUUUUCUCGGCGUUCUGUAUCCUUUCUUCGUGCACCCAUCAAUAUUCGAGUGUCGUGUCCGUCAACUGCAAUUGCAUGCACUCGCGAAAAUGUUUUUCCGGCGAAUGUUCUCACGCAAGGAUAAGGAUAAAGAGAGAGACAGGGACUCUUCGGCUUCACCACCUCCUCCAUCCACGAAACUAUCAAAUACUCCUACCUCAUCUGCAAGCAUUUUAGAUUCCAGUAAUCAGUGCAUUUCGAUAGUGCAAAAGUCGCCAAUGAAGAGGCGUAUGUCCGCGAGCGGAGUCAACUUCUCAGUCAUUCAGCUCACGCCACUUUGGGAGCACAUUAUUCGCACGAGGACUCUACCAGAAGACUUGAAUCCUGCCACAAUGUUUGACGAGUUCAUAGAACGUUUGGGUGAUCCUGAGUGGCAAGUAAGGCAGCACGCUCUGAGAGUGUUAAUAGAUGUUUUGAUUGUCAUGGGGCAAAAAGCGGAUUCCUAUUUCGCCCCAAUAAUUCCUCAGCUUGUAGAGAAUUUGGGACAUCCUGCGCCUACUGUUCGGAAGGGAGCAUUAGAUGCAUUAAGAGUUUACAUAAGUGAGACUGCAAUGCCAGAGAGUAUUCUGCUGGAAAUUAUGGACAUUGGCUUGAACCAAAGAAUAACAAACGAGCCAUUUGGAGGACGUCUUACAUGUGGUGUAAUGUUGUCACUUCCUUCCUUAGUACAAGCGACUCUACAUACAUCCAAACGGAACUACAUUCUGCAGUCCGCCGUUGAUAUGCUCGUGAACAAAAUGACUCAGGUUACUUACCAGGAAGUAACACUGAAAGUCCUUCUGCGGAUCCGGGACUUAGUGGGGCCUGAUGAAUUUUCCAAUUACAUGUCGCAUGGCGCUUAUAGAGAGUUUGAACUGCUUUGUAAUGUCUAUGGAUUAAGCGAGCCCGAGACCUUGGUAAGCUCUUCAAGAAGUUCAUGGCACGCCAUUAACUCAUUCGAGCCGGAUGAUGGCGACUCCUCAUCCAAUCAGGUCGACAUGUUCUGGAGGAGUGAAGACGAUGACGAGCUGUUCAAGGGCGAGGAAUACGAUCCCAACGAGAAAGUUAUUAUGGAAACAGAAAUCAAGAUAAACGAUGACACCCUUACCAUGCGUAUCCUUGAACGCAAGGACGAGCCCUUGGAAGAUGGCAAUUGCCAUGCGAUAAUUUGUAGUGAUGAUGAUGAAAUAACCGGAACAUUGGAAAAUUCAGGGCUAAUACACGUGCUGAGCGAUAGUGAACUUGAAGACAUCAACAACAACGUGACUGAUGAUAAUGAGAAUGAUGACCGUUUUGUGCCUAGGACUCCUAAACGCGUUACUUUCGGUGGUGAAAUAGUGAAAAUGCGAACUCCCGAUAGUGACACUACAGUGCAUAGUGAUGCUGAUAAUUCCUCUAGAUCAAUGAGUGAACGAAGAUUUGAAAAUUUAAACUUUCUAACUGUGGAAAUUCCAAAUGAUAACACAAAGCCAGUGCAAAGAUCAAAAUCAGCUACUGUAACCCCUCCAUCAAGUGUAACUCCAACACCAAGAUCAACUCCCCCUGCAUCUCCUAAAGCACCGUUACAGCAACCACCUCUGAAAGAUCCUCCAACCAAAGUAAUUCCUGCACCAGCCGCCGAUCCUACAUCCCCUAGCAAACCAAUCAGUUCAUCUCCUACUUCUCUUCUUUCGCCAAAGAAGCAAUUGACUCCUGAUGAAAGUAAGCCGAAAUCAGCGACAGCAUCGCCUUUCCGUAGGAUCAGUAUCAGCCCGGUUGAUGCUAUAAUAAGUCCGAAACCGGUACACAAGGAAAUUGAGGUCUUACAUAACUUACAAAGAAGUCCCUGCAUUUCGCCAAGACCUGUAUCGAGGCCUAGUUCACGGAACAACGUCGAUGAGAAGGAAGAAGAAAGUGAAAGUGCAAAAGUUAAAAAGGAGGAAACAGUUGUGCCAGCCCCUUCUGUUAAGUCAUGGGAGGAACUGAAAAUUGUGGAUGAUGAUGUACUAAAAGACUUGAAAUCUGGGGAUUGGAGACACCGACUUCAAGCUAUUACCGUGAUUGAAGAAGCCCUUAAAUCAUCGGAGACCCUUGCCAAAAUACAACCAUGCUUGGACUCAUUUAUGCGGAUGUUACUAUCUUCGGAACGAAAUCCUGAAGUCGCUGAAGAUAAACGACGCAUUCUUAUCAAUCUAAUUUCAAGGCUUCCACUGGAGAACUUAGAGAACCGGAGCACACAAAUAAUCACCGGAUUGUGCCGUCAAGGUGGUGCAGGCAGCAAUCGUGUGUGUAAAUCGUUAAUGCAACGAUUGCCACCGUCAUUCAUUGUCCUGAAGCUCCUUUCCGAUGACUUUCUUCAUGCAAGGAGUUCAAGGUUUCGCGAAAAUGCCCUACAAAUGGUCAUGUAUGCACUGAUGACCUUCCCUAGUACAUGUUUCGAUACGGGAACGUGUAUAAAUCGGACGAUUUAUGCAGCUCUAGAUAGAAAGCGUCGCGUUAGACAAGCGUCAUUAGAUGUCCUGGCUGUGCUAGGGCAAGUGACAUCACCUAGGGUUGUGCUGGAUAGCGUACAAACAAUUGCUGGAGGUCGUGAGGACGGCAAGGAUCUGAGUGUUGCAGUUAAGGCCCGAUUGGCAAGGAAGCAACUUCCGAUUAUUGGACCGGAUGGAUCAAUUCAGUAUGCCCUUAGAGUUCCAUCCCCGCACAGUGGGGAUCCUCUGUCCGAGAUUAAUUUAGGCGCCGAUGUUGAAUGGAUAAUUUCCGGAAUUGGGUCAGUUUCACCAACUUCACUGCGACGGCGUUCACAAAGAUUCACUCAUUUCUCAAAACCCUUAACUGUUCAUCAAGACAGGACUGCGGAGAGACGUUUAAAAGCUCCACAUGAAAUCCUGGCGUUGGGCGUGGGUGCCCGGCCCGUGGACGACUUUAUUAGUACAAGUAGUAGUAGCAGCAGCUUUCAAGGAAACUCCGACGACACGGAUGACAGUCGUACAAGCUUCCAGUACUCCUUAGCAACCGCAAGUUCAUUGCAUUACAAAACAAGCAAUGGAAGCGCUAUUGGUGCAGGUGACAUUUUUGGUAUCCAUGGAAAACGCAUUGCAUCAAGGUCGCAUUCGGAUUCACAAAGUGAUGGGAGGAACUCAAACUCUGAUGGUAGCGGGUCAACACAAAUAAUCAAAUUGCCGGUUACGUCUAGAUUUCCAACUAUGGAUGUUGGAAGUAUUUACGUCAACCGACAGGCAUAUCGAAAUCCUUACGAACAAUUCAAUUUGUCGACACACCGAAUCAGUUCAACGUAUACAAAAGGACAACAAACGCGGAAAUCCUUGAAAGGCAAUUACCCUCAAAGUGCUUUCAACGAAAGCAAGUUCGAUGAUGCAUCGCCACGUCCAGCAAGUCAACCCGCUCCUUUCGAAUCAGUAGGGGGAACGACCUCAAUUCUUGGACAGAGACGCUUUACUAACGUGGAAAAGUUCAUUAUGCAGAGCAAUAAACCACAGCAGCAAUCAUCAUGUCAAAUAGAACAAGCCGCAAGCCCGGAGAAGGGAACAAACGGAAUUAUCCAGAACAGUCAACAACCUCCGACGCAUGACAGCGAAGAUAGAAUCUUCAGCAAAAGCGCAAUAAUAUUGGAUAGAGCUAUCAGCUCAAAAUCAAGGCAUGAUUUGGAGGAAACAGAGAGCUUCAAGCAAAUCGACAGCAUUAACCCCACUCCUGAAAAACUGACUAUUUCGUCGGGCACUACUCCAGCAAAAGUGUUAGAUGAUGAGAAUCAAGGCUCAGUUGUCCUACCAAAUAGUGUUCAAACUGAGACAAAAACCCCAACUCCAUCCACGAAGAGCGUUACAACAGAAUCAAUUCAUUCUCGGCCAGAAUCUACUCCCCCAAGCUCUGAAACUCUCCAAGUUAGAUCAGAAUCAGUUCAAUCACACGCAGAGUCAAUUCCAUCCAGGUCCGAAUCCGUUAUAUCUAGGCCUAUCACAGCUCAAUCUAAACCAUCAGAAGAAGUUGAAGCUAGACCACAGUCCGUGGUUAGCACAAUAACAACGAAGUCAGAGAAGCAAGGUGAAUCAAAUGAAGACGUUUUAGUAGUUGAUGAAGUUGAUGAAGUUGAUGAAGUCGAGGCAGCUGACGAUAAAACUUCUGCGACGAAGGUGGAAGAGGAUAUUACAGAGAGUAAAGUUGCUUCAGUAUCAGAAGAAAAUCUUACUAACAUUCAGUUAGAUACUAGUGCACCCGGUUCUGAAGUGAAUAUAUCAAAUGAAAUUGAACACCACGAAAAUGCAAAGACACCGGUGGAACAGCUCCCAGAAGCUGCUGACGCGCUUGAAGUUGUCGUGGAAACGGAAGUAAUUUCUGAUCCUCCACUAGAAGAGAUGCCUCGUGAAACAACUGAAUUGCUCAAGAAAGAUUUAGAAGAACUCAAAACGGAUGAAUUGAAGGUUCUCGAUCCUACGCCCAAACACGAGUCACCGGAUCCUCCAAUCGCAACUCCAACGACACCAGUCAUACAAGAUAUUUUCGAAUCUCCAUUACCAAUCCGGUCGGUCAGCAUUCCAUCACUGGAUCAAGAAUAUCCUAAUUCAGAAAAAUACCCACCCCAAAGUGCUUCAAAAGGCACACCAGCUCAAAAUGUAUCAACUGAAAGUAUUCCUCCACGACAUUCAUCCAUAGCUAAAAGCAACGACUCUAUUUUCGGUUCUACUAGAAAACUGGACCCGGAUUCGAAAAGUACUGCGAGCACUACUAGUUCAGAAUAUCCACCCAGUCAUACUACCAGCUUGGACGAACCUAUUCGAGCGAAAAGUCAUGGAAAUGUGAUCAAGGCGUCACAUCUGCCUUUAAUUCGAAAAGCUAAGACAACCCUCUUUGGUCGAAGCAGACGAGUUUCGCCAAUAAAACAGACCCUCAAGCUAACUCAAACGGAGGUCUUUCCUCAAACAUUAAUGAAGUUUGACAAACCAAAAGAUGCGCUCGCGCAGGCGUUGAUUCACCUCGACUCCACUGAAUGGGAAACUGUUAUAGUAGGACUUCGCUCCCUUGUGCGUAUGAUGCGUCAUCAUCCUGAAGUCCUUGAUACUCAGAUGCAUAUCGUUUGUAUACAACUGGGCAAAGCUGUACGGAACUUGCGCUCUCAAGUUUCCCGAGCGGCAUGCCAAGCUUCAACGGAGCUAUUUACUGUUCGGACUAAAUUCCUCGAGCAAGAGUGUGACGAUUUAGCUGGGAAUCUACUCCACCGCACGGCUGACACGAACCGCUUUUUGCGCGCUGAUGCUAUGCGUGCGCUUGAAUCAAUGUGUGACAAUCUGUCCCCUGCGAAGAUCAUCCAUCUUCUCAGCACCAAAGGGGCGACCCAUCAGAAUGCAACUGUGCGAACUGCAACUGCGAAAUUAUCCAACCGUUUGGUGGAUCGAAUCGGGCAUGAUCGAGUUUUUACUUUAAAUCGGGAGCAUCGGGAUAAGCUGCUUACAAUGGGGGCAAAUCUUUUGCAGGAAGGGAGUCUGGAGACGAGAAGCUACACCAAGACACUGUUUCGCUCCCUUGCCGAACACGCUCAAUGCGGACGGAUACUGAAGGAGGUGGUACCGAUACGAACUUACAGGAAUAUCGAAAAGACAUUGAAAAGUAUUAUGUAAGACACUGAAACGGGUUUUUUACAAACUUAUAUAGUUACCAGUAGUUAUAGAACCAUAACUUUUUAUGUUUCUGUUUGAAACUUAUUUUUUAUUGUCAGAUUCUGGCGGAGUUUUUAAUACUUACAAACACUAUAUUUAAAAAAAAUUAUGACUUUAAAAUGUAACUUUGAAAUUGAUAGGAAAGUAUAUAUUUGUUAAAAUGAA